AUGUUCUCCAUUCAUUAUUUUCUCGUUUCUUACCUUUUUUCUCUCUCACUCUCUUUCUCACACACUUUCUUCUUUCCAUUCAUUCUUUUUCUCUAUCGCCUUCUUUUUUUUCAUUCAUUUUCCUUCUCUCCUACCUUUUCCCAAUCAUUCACCUUUUCCCAGACUUUUUUUUUCAUUCAUGCUCUUUCUCUAUUGGCGUGUUUUCUUUCAUUCUCCUUAUUUCCCGCCUUUUUUUUAUUUCCCGCCUUUUUUUUCCUUGAUUCUCCUUGUCUACCCUUUUUUUUUUUUUUCAUUCAUUGCUCUUCAACUUCACCUUCUUUGCGUUCAUUCUCCUUCUCUGUCGGUUACUUUUCAUUCAUUUUCUUUUUCAUUCAUUCCCCUAUUCUCUUGUUUUUUUUGGGGGGGUUGUAUUUUUUUUGUUUUUCAUUCAAUAUAUUUCUCCAGCACUUUUUUCUUUUCGGCUAUCGGCCACUUUUCAUUCAUUCUCGUUUUUUCAUUCAUUCCCCUUUUCAUUCACUUUCCUUCUCGCCUGACUUUUUUCUUCAUUUCCCUUUUCCUGCACUUUCUUUCAUUCCUUCUCUUGCUCUAACGACUUCUUUGCGUUCAUUCUCCUUCUCUCCGCCUUUUCAUUCAUUCGAAUUCGUUUCUCCUCCUCCGCCUAUCAGAUUUCCGCCUACUUUUCACUUUCUUCUUUAUCAAGUCUCAACAUUUUCUUCUAUCUAUGUCUUCCUUCGACUUCCUUUUUCAUAUUCUUAUCCAGAUAACCUUCUCCUCCCCUACUUCCUCUCUCAUUUAUAUCUUUUUUUCUUUAUUUCUUCCUCUACAUUAGUUCCCCGCCCCCUGUCGUUAUAUUUCUAUUUCUCGUUUUUCCUGGCCUCUUUCUUUCUUUUCUUGAAAGAAUAA